AUUUAAAAUUCACAAACAUUUUUCAACACUUGCCAUGGCAGAUGAAGAGGACCGUCCUUAUUACUACAGACUUGAGCGCCAAAGGUUUGCAUGUUUUGCAUACACAGUAACAGGAGUAUUUCUAUUUCUGGCUAUUCUACAAUGGUAUCUCUUUCAUUUAGUGGAUGAAACAAAUAAUUAUUUUACCAAAAACUAUUGGAUUGGAAUAGUAUUCUUUACGCUCAGUUUACUGCUCAUUCUCUUGUUUAUUUUCUUCGAAGAUUUGCGAUUCUUCACGCCUGUAAAUUGGAUAAUGACCUUUCUAAUAUUCGAGUGUGUGGUCGUGGGAGUUACAACGCUUGUUGUACGUCAUUACAAGUAUCAUUUCUUAGUAAGCUUUCUAAUAUGGGCCAUUGUACUCGUAAUAUUUAUUAUAUUUGGGUCCUUUUUACCGCAUGAUUUGACGCUCGAUAUUGUGGUACUUGUUAUAGUUGGAAUCGUAUCCUUAAUUGGAGGCAUGUACUUUCUUAUGCUUUACAUUGUCGCAAAUGUGCCAUAUUCGUUUUUUGUGUAUCGCGCUUUCAUCGUGUUGAGCAUUUUGUUGUUCGUUAUGUAUCAUGCACAAAUAAUCAAUGGCGGGCGAUUCGCUGAAAUUCGGGAUAAUGAUUACCUUUUGGCUGCACUUAUAUUAUUUUUCGACUUUCUGCUUAUGUACAUUUUCACGUUUCAGUUGGCACCAAAAUGGACCGACAAAUGCGACGAGAACAAGAAUAAAACAAAUAUUUUCGUAAUUGACAAACAUAUGAGAAAAGGAAGCUUUACACUGGCUUUCAAUGAUACGCUGGAUCAGUGACUUGCGCUCAAAAAUAUAUGUUAAUGUAUAUUUUGUAAUUGGCGCCAUUAAUUAAAUAAAAUUAUGUGUUGAUAAAAGAUGGGCAGCACUUUUUUGUGCAGCCAACUUCACGCGAGCUAGUUUUUGGCGCGCAGCA